GGCAGACAGUUGUUAGUCAUCUGUAUUUUAGCCUACCAACUUUGUAAACAACUAAACAAGCAGUUGAAGUUACACAGAAGCGGUCAAUUUACACAGGGGAAAAUCAACAUGAGGGUGGACAGGACGGUUGAUAUACCAGUUUAUGACAUCUCACUGCUCAGGAACAUUUGGGAAGGCAGAGAGAAAAAAUACAAAAACAAGCAGAAGAAGGAACACGAGCGAGUACAGAAAAGCGCUCUGGCAAAGAUCAAUCAACAAUGGCAGUAUCGCAUAGCAUGCAAGACAUUGAAGUCCAACGAGGUGGAAGUGCUCCAACACUACCUGACGAGAACAGCUCUGAAUGAAAUUCAGCCCCACCAGGAUAUACCAAACACAGAUGCAAAUUCCAUAAUUGAGGGCAUCAAAUUCAUUUUUGAGCUGGAUGGUGAUAAAUGGAUGGAACUUCCUGAUAAUCUUCUUGAUAUGACAUACCUUCGAGAAUGGCACAUAAGAAGAACUAAAAUCUGCAAACUACCAGAGUGGAUUGUGCAGUUUCCGGACCUCUGCGUAUUGGAUAUACCCCAAAACGGAAUUGACAAGCUGCCUGUUGAAAUAGGUCAAUUAACAAAGCUGAGGGUGCUGAAAGUUAAUUACAAUAGGCUGUCCAGUAUUCCUCCAGAACUUGGUGAAUGUGAGAAUCUGGAGAGAUUGGAGCUAACUGGAAAUUAUCUUGAACAGUUGCCUUUUGAGUUAAGCAAUCUCAAGAAAGUCACACAUCUGGAUAUAGCAGAAAACCAAUUCGCCAGCAUACCCAUCUGUGCUCUUCGUAUGACAAGCCUACAAUUGUUGGAUAUGAGUAUCAACAUGUUGACGGAUUUGCCUGAGGAUAUGGACAGGUUGGAAGAAUUGGAAUCCUUGUUUGUUCAUAAGAAUAACAUGUCAUAUUUGCCAAAGUGUUUGGUAAAUAUCACUACACUCAAGAUGAUUGUUGUUAGUGGAGACACAUUGAUCUGCUGGCCUUCAGGGCUUAAAGAAAAUCCUGCCAUCAAAUUCAUUAAGCUAUAUGACAACAUGGUUGAUGAAAUAAUGGAGGGGGAUGAUGAGAUAUUGGAAACAAGGCAAGACCAUCACAAAGAAUUUAUGCAGACAUACAUUGACACAGUGAAGGACAGAGAAACUGCCCCAACAUACACCACCAAAGUGUCAUUCUCAUGCUGUCUGUAAUGGAGAUUCAGAUGACCAGAAGAAAACGGACAACCAUGCUGCUGUGCAUGCAUUGCAUGUCAAUCCUCUGAACACUUGUAAACAGUGGCCGAGUUCCAGGCUGACUACAUUGCCGAUGCAUGCCAAAACUCACAUCACCUGGAUAGAUGUUUAACACAGGGGCGUAGGCAUGUAACACUCUUUACUUGUCAGUGUUCCAAAUGGGAUAUUAUUUACCUAAACAUACAAACACCAUCAGAUAGAAUUCAUAGCAAGCAGUGCAUUGGGUUAGUCAGAUUUGAAUAAAUAUAACAGAAGAGAUGAACUGGAAUAAUUUUUUGUAUUUCACCUUUAUUUAACCAGGUAGGCUAGUUGAGAACAAGCUCUCAUUUACAACUGCGACCUGGCCAAGAUAAAGCAAAGCAGUGCGACACAAA